UUGUGUCUCUGCUCAAUGCAGUAAAUGUUCUUAAAAAAUGUUUAAAUGUUCUUUAAAGCACCAGAAAAGGCUGCGGCAGCGGCAGCCCCAUCAGCGCCAGAGCGUCCACCAGCUCAAGUGCAAGAUGUACGUAGAGGGGAGGAAGCUGUGGUCCAAAGAUCUAAGCCGGAGAUGCGGACGGAGGACGCUCCAGUUCCAGCUCCCUCAGAGCCCAAGAAGCUUGAGGUUCCUGGGAAAUCACUGCCACUGGUUCCUAAACGUGAACCAGAGGUUCCAAAGAAGGCAGAAGAACCGGAGCUUGGAGAGAAAACGAAGAAGGUGAUUAGGUUUCCUGAAAAAGUUGAAGAUUCCAAAACAACGAGAGAAACUGAAAAGAACGUUCCAGAAACCAAGAAAAGGUUUCCAGAAAGGAUAACUGAAGCUCCAACCAAGGUUGCAGAAAAAUCCAAAGAGAAAAAGAGGGAUCCAGAGCCUCCCAUAAAGGUUCCUGAAACACCAAAGAAGGUUCCAGAAGAAGCAGAGGUUAUGGAACCAGCAGCCGAGCUUCAGAGUAAAACAGGAGCUCCAAAGCUGGACCUGGAGAAGGCUCUGCCAGGUCCCAGAGGACCUCCACCCAAAGACAAACCAGAAAAAAUCUCAGUUCAUCUAAAACAAGACCUGAAGCUACAGACAGUUGAGGAUGAGGAUGUUUGGAAGUCGGUGCUUGAAGAAAGUUUCUCUGCAGCAAAUGAAGAGAAGCAUGAAGAUGUUCAGAUAUUUGAGAGAAGAUUAAAACCCAAAGAGUUAGAUGGUAGAGAUGAGAGGCCUUCAAAUGGGUGGAAAGAAGGUAGGGAGAAAACAGAAGAGUUCGAGUGUCCAGAGCAUGAAAAGCUGGAAAUCAUCCGACCAAAUGAGGACGGAGCUCUGGGAAAAACCAGAAAAGAGUCUCUGGUCACCUCUCCUCCUCAUCUAACUGUAACUCAGAUUCCAUCAAAAGAUGCCAGAAGUUUGACUGAAACAAAUCCAGAGAACAUAAAGGUUACUCCGGUUAAAGAUGUUGUUUUAUUGGAGAGAAGAAAAGAACAGAAGUUUUUUACUUUUUCAGCUGAGGAGCUUAAAGAAGAUGCUUUUGUUUCAGCACAGCAUCUUGAAACCAGAGAGGAGAAGAAAUCUAUUGAAUGUGAACAUUUCUCAUUUCAAAGAUCCACCAAUCUGCACAUUGCGGAUAUUAUUGGAGCAGACCUGAAGACAGCUCCUCCUAGCAGUGUGUCGUCAUUGGAGGAGACAAAAGCAGAACCAAAGCCUUCACCCCCUCCUCCUCCACAGAAAGUCACCCCCCCUGCAGAGGAGAAGAAGCCAGAACAAAAACCUUCACCACCUCCUCCUUCUCAGAGGGUUGCUCCUCCCACAGAGGAGAAGAAACAGUCAGUAGCAGCACCACCAGCUCCUACGCCCAAAGUUGCUCCUCCUGCAGUGUCUCCUCCGGAAGAAAAGAAGCCUUCUCCAGUAUCCAAAGAACCGGCAGCGGAGAAACUUGUUCUUCCAGCAGCUCCAGUUGCACCAGUGGAGAAGAAACCAGAGCCAGCUGGAAAGGCUGAACCUAUCAGCGUCUCUGAGAAAAUCUCUCCUCCUGAAGACAAGGAACCAGUUUCAGCUCCUGGACCAACCAAAGCCCCUACUCUUAGACAAAAGGAUAAAAUUCCUAUUCAGGAGGAAAACACUGAGGUUCCUAAACCAAAACCUAAAGUCACCAAAAUACCAAAAGUAAAGGAGCCAGAGAGGGAGACCGUCCAGCUGAAGAAGGUUCCAGUAAAACCUCCAGAGCCUGAGAAGGAGGUCAUAACCCAUCAGACUGAAGUGAUGAAACAUCAAACCUCCGAACUAUCAGUGCGAGGACUUCAUGACAGAGAAGACCGAGAGAUAAUAACCUUCGGAAGAACCGAACGAGUCUUCACAGCACAACAGGAAACAAUUCAGCUGAGCCAAAGUGAGGAGAUGGAAACUCUUCAGAUAAUCAAAGCGGCGGAGAAAGAGGUUUGGACAAGAACCGCAAAACCCAAGAAAGAAGAAGAAGCCAAAGUUCCAGAUGUAGAGAAGAAGAAAAUCAAGAAAUUGCCAAAGACAGAUGAGCCAAAGGAAUCUGUAAAACUAAAACCAGUCGAAAGGUCUGAGAAGUUCGAACAAGAGCCGGUCAAAGCGAGACCGGUUCCUGGUACCGAAACAACAAAAGACCCAGAAGUCAGAGUUCAGAGGCCUAAGGAGAGAGAAGAUGGAGAGAUAAACCCACCUGGAAGACCUGAUAGAGUGGCUCCCCUUGCUGAAGAGCCAUCUGAAGGUGUUCCAACAGCAGAACCCAAACCGCCACAGGAAGAAGGCAAAACCCCACUGAUCAGAACCACAAAGGCAAAAGGCGAAGAACCUCAGCCAGAUUUAUCCAAGAAGAAGAUUAAGAAAUUACCCAAGAAAGACGAAGAACAAGAGGUUGUGACGUUAAAGCCUUUUCAAAAACCUGCAGCGGUUGAUCAAACACCAGAUGUUAAGGUUUCCAAGACAGCUGAUAAGCCCAAAGUAAGUCCCCAAUCAGAGGGGAAGGAGAAGCAAAUCACAAUGAAGACUAAAGUCCCCAAGCCAGAAGAUGGGCAGCAGAUAAAGGAGCUCUCUCAACGUCCGAGGGACCAAACAGUCAAAGACAUGAAGGACGUGGAGAAAGAGACUCCUGUGAAGAAGGAAGAACCUGCCCUUCCGGCCAAGAAGCCAAGUCCUCCUCCUCUUAAAGAGAAGAUCUCGUCUACUAAGGCACAGAAGCUCCCAGAAAAACCAGACGAUGUCCUAAAGAAAGGCGUUGGACCAAAAAAGACUCCUUCUCCCAGGGUCAGUGUGGAUAAAGCAGAAAAGCCUGUUGAGGAGCUGCAGAAGGUUGAGUUGAAGACUCCGUCACCAAAGUUGGACGAGCAGAAGGAGGCAGAGAAAGUUCCAGCUCAGGGAAAGGCCUCCAAACCCGUUUCCCCCACCGAAGCCGUCACACUCAAGAAGGUCCCCAUGAAGCCGUCGACAGAUGAGGCCCCAGAACCAGAGCAGCCCCACAAAGGCGGGGUCCCCCUGCUGAAGGCCGUCUCUCCUGGAGCCGUCGAGAUGACAAGAGUGACGACUCACCCCGAGGAGGAGGUUCAUGAACAGGAGCCUGAAGAAGAGGUUGAAGAGGAGUCCUGGGGCUGGGACCUGGUUCCCUCCGAGGACUGGGAAGGUGAAGAGACAGACGGAGCCGUCCAAACGCCGGGUAUGCCUGGUGGCAGACGAGAUGGGAAACCAAGCGAGGAACCAUCGAAGGGCAGAGGCAGAGGAUUUGGGGCGAGGCAGACUCCAUCUCCCGGUGAUGGCGGCAAGGGUCGGGGCUUGAAGCCAGGUGGCAAAGGUCCAUCGCCACCAGAGGAACCGUUCGCAGGCUUCAAGCUCAAACCAGUGGCUCUGAAGUUUGUCAAGAAGAUCCAGGACAUCGUUCUGCAGGAGGCUGAGUCCAUCGGUUCAUCUGCCGUGUUCGAAUGUGAGGUCACGCCCUCCACAGCCAUCACCUCCUGGAUGAAAGAUGGCGGUAACCUGCGUGAAGGUCCGAAGCACAAGUUCAUCUCUGACGGCAAAGACCGGAAGCUGCACAUCAUCGAUGUCCAGCUGUCGGACACUGGAGAAUACACCUGCGUAGCCAAGAAUGCUGGGAAGGAGAUUUCCUGCACUGCUAAGCUCAUCGUUGAAGAGCUGCCUGUGAAAUGGCUGAAGGAGCUGGAGCCUGAGACGUCAUGCAUGAAAGGUCAGCCCAUGUACCUGACCUGUGAGCUGAACAAAGAGAGAGACGUGGUGUGGAAGCGUAACGGAGAGCUGCUGAAGAAGAAGGCUGGGAAAGUGGCCAUCAACGUGAUUGGGAUGCAGCACGCUGUGACCAUCCAGAACUCCACCGACGAGGACUCCGGCGUCUACACCUGCGAGGUCGACGGUCAGGAGGAUGUCAAGACGACGACCAACGUCAAAGUGAUUGAAAUCAUCAAAGACUGGCUGGUAAAGCCUCUGAGGGACCAGCAUGUGAAACCAAAGAACAAGGCAACGUUUAAAUGCGAGCUCUUCAAAGACACACCCAACUGGAAAUGGUACAAAGGGGAGAAUGAAGUCGCCCCUUCUGACAAGGUGGAAAUUAAGAAAGACGGAAAAGAUGUGAGCCUGACCAUCAACAACUGCCAACCUGACGACGUGUCAGACUACACCAUCGAGGUGGAGGACCGCAGAUACACGGCCAAGCUCACACUGGGAGAGCGUGAAGCUGAGAUCCUGAAACCUCUCGCCAGCGUUGAGGUGGUUGAGAAGGAGGAGGCUCACUUUGACACUGAGAUAUCUGAGGAUGACGUUCCCGGCGAAUGGAAACUCAGAGGCCAGGUUCUAACCAGAUCACCGACUUGCGACAUUAAAGCUGAGGGUCCAAAGCGCUUCCUGACGCUGAAGAACGUACAGCUGGAUCAGGCCGGAGAAGUUUCCUUCCAGGCUCUGAACGCCAACACCAGCACCAUGCUCACCGUUAAAGAGAUCGAAAUGGGCUUUGUUGACGAGCUGAAGGAUGUGUCUGUGCCUGAAAAGAAACAGGCUAAGUUUGAAUGCACCAUCACCAAGGAUGUGCCUAAGGUCAUGUGGUUUAAAGGGGUUGAAAUCAUCACCCCAAGCCCCAAAUAUGAGCUAAUUGACGAUGGGAAGAAACACAUGCUGAUUAUAAACAGCUGUGAGUUUGACGAUGAGUCUCAGUACACCGUAGAGGUGUUGGACCGAAGAUCCACCGCUCAGCUGACGGUGGAAGGCAUGAGGCUGAAAUUUGUGCAGCACCUGCAGGAUCAAACGAUCAAAGAAGGUAACACGGUGCGCUUUGAUCUGGAGCUGACGCACGAGAACGUGCCUGUAGUUUGGUACCGAAACGAGGUGAAGCUCCACGUGAGCCGAACCGUGCUCAUGCACACGGAAGGACGGCGGCACACCUUAGAAAUGAGGUCGCUGAGUUUAGAUGAUACCUGCCAGAUAAAGGCAGAAGCCAAAGGAAUUUACUCCUCAGCCAAGCUGACAGUUAUAGAGGGAGACGCCGUCUUCCUGGUGAAGCUACAGGAUUACACCGCCACCGAGAAAGACGAGGUGACGCUGGACUGCGAGCUGAGCAAGGAUGUCCCCGUGGUCUGGUAUCAUGAGGAGAAGGAGGUCAUAGCCUCCAAACUGGUGGUGAUGAGGUCAGAGGGCACGCGCAGGUCUCUGGUCCUGAAGAAGGUCGCGCAGAACGAUCAAGGAAAAUACGUCUGUGACUGUGGGACGGACAAAACCUCUGCCAGCAUCCUGAUAGAGGCACGCGACGUGAAGGUAGUCAGACCGAUUUACGGCGUGGAGCUGUUUGACGGAGAGACGGCUCGGUUCGAGGUGGAGAUCUCAGAGGACGACGUCCACGGCCAGUGGAAGCUGAACGGAGAAGUGCUCAGUCCAUCCUCUGAUGUGGACAUCAUCGAGGAGGGAGGCAAACACACUCUGAUUCUCUACAACUGUAAGGUGUCCAUGACCGGGGAGGUGGCCUACUCUGCUGCCAAUGCCAAAUGUUCUGCCAACCUGAAGGUCAAAGAACUUCCUCUGAACUUCCUUACGCCUCUGAGCGACGUCCAGGUUUACGAGAAGGAUGAAGCCCGCUUUGAGGUGGAGGUGUCCAGACCUCCCAAGAGCUUCCGCUGGCUCAAAGGCUCUCAGGAACUGACGAGCGACGACAAGUAUGAAAUGAUCCAAGAGGGGAAAAUGUACGUCCUGCUGAUCCGAUCGGCGGCCUUUGACGACGAGGCCAAGUACAUGUUUGAGGCAGAGGACAAGAGGACGACCGGCAAACUCAUCAUUCAGGGUAUUCGCCUGGAGUUUGUCAAACCCAUUAAAGAUGUGACGGUAAAAGAGCGGGAAACCGCAGAGUUCAGCAUUGAGCUCUCUCACGAAAACAUCUCGGUGAUUUGGUACAAAAACGACGUCCGGCUGCUUCCCAGUAAGGUCAUCCACAUGUCGGAUCACGGAAAGGUCCACACUCUGGCCUUCAAGGAGGUGACCAUCGACGACACGUCUUUGAUCAAGGUGGAGGCCAUGGACAAGAGCAUGACCGCCAUGCUCACCGUCAUUGAGGGCGACAUCUACUUCACCACCAAGCUGCAGAACUACACUGCCGUGGAGAAGGACGAGGUGAAGCUGGUCUGCGAACUCAGCAAGGCUGCCGCCGACGUGAAAUGGUUCAAGGAUGGGCAGGAGAUCACCCCGUCCAAGAACAUCGCCAUCAGCGCUGACGGAAAGAAGAGAAUCCUGAUGGUCCGUAAGGCGGAGAAGGCUAACAUCGGAGAGUACACCUGCGACUGUGGUUCAGACAAAACCACAGCCAACCUGAAAAUCGAAGAGCGUGACAUCAAGGUUGUCCGUCCGCUGUACAGCGUGGAGGUCACCGAGACGGAGACCGCUAGGUUUGAGACGGAGAUCUCUGAGGAGGAUGUCCAUGGAAACUGGAAGCUGAAGGGAGAAGCUCUGCACCAGUCAGCUGAUGUGGAGAUUAAAGAGGAAGGAACCAAACAUCUGCUGAUUCUCUAUAACGUCCGUAUGGACAUGGCUGGGGCUGUGGACUUCUCUGCAGCCAAUGCCAAAUCCAACGCUCAGCUCAGGGUCAAAGCUCGCUCCAUCACACUGAUGCGUCCUCUGAAGGACGUUACGGUGACGGCGGGAGAGACGGCCACCUUCGAGUGUGAGCUGUCAUACGACGGAAUCGAAGUGGAGUGGUUUGUUGGAGGACAGAAGAUGGAAGCCAGCGAUCGG